GCCACUUUUUCAAAAAUCGAUCCUUUUCUAAUUUACUUUUUUAAAGUGACUUGUUUAAAACAACAACCACGUUGCGUUCAAGUGCCAGUGUGAUCGUCGUAGAGCGUUUGGCGUGUGAUUUGAUUUUCGAGUUUAAAGCACCAACAAAGAUGACUCUCGAGCAGCCUGCAGGAGAGAUGUGGCAGAAGAUCCGCGAGGAGCUGAAUGAGAAGGUGGACACCAGAGACGCCGACCUGCAGCACAUCAAGGAGUGGCUCAAGAAGGAGCCCCAUCUACCUGAUGAGUUCGAUGACCAGCGUAUCAUGACCUUCCUGCGAGGCUGCAAGUUCUCCCUGGAGAAGACCAAGCGUAAGCUGGACAUGUACUUCACCAUGCGCACUGCUGUUCCCGAGUUCUUUACCAACCGUGACGUCACGCGCCCUGAGCUUCAGGAGAUCCUCAAUAUUGUUCAAAUGCCACCACUACCCGGUCUCACUCCUGAAGGACGUCGUGUCAUUCUCAUGAGAGGUCUGGACAAAGACGUAACUACCCCGAACGUGGCGGAUGCCUUCAAGCUGGCGUUGAUGCUGGGAGACGUGAGACUGGCUGAGGAGAAGGAGGGUGUGGCUGGUGACGUCUACAUCUUGGACGCGUCUGUCGCCACCCCCACGCACUUCGCCAAGUUUACCCCCACUCUUGUCAAGAAGUUCUUAGUUUGCGUACAAGAAGCCUACCCCGUUAAGCUGAAGGAGGUGCAUGUGAUCAACGUGUCUCCCCUCGUAGACAAGAUUGUCAACUUUGUGAAACCUUUCAUCAAGGACAAGAUCAAAGAAAGGAUCUUCCUCCACACUGAUACCAGUGAACUUUACAAAUACGUACCCAAAGAAAUGCUGCCGUCCGAAUAUGGUGGCAAUGCUGGUUCCAUGGCCGACCUUCACAGUGCCUGGGUGAAGAAGAUGGAAGAAUACAAAGACUGGUUUGCGGCACAAGAGGACAUCAAGGCUGACGAGUCCCUCAGACCAGGCAAGCCUACCAACUACGAUGAACUCUUCGGUAUCGAUGGCUCCUUCCGCCAGCUCGUCAUUGAUUAG